GUCUCUCCCGAACCCCAACGACGAGAGAGAGAGAGAGAGAGAGAGAGAGAGAGAGAGCAUUAAAUCUGCAUCGAUCGCCCCGAUCCAUGGGGGAUGCAGCUUGAUCGAUGCCCUCGCUUCCCGAUCGGAACCCACAGCGAGCUGAGGGCUGGGAUCUCCGAGAGGCGGACCGAUCGAAUCGAGGGAGGAGAGGUUUCGAGGUUCCUAUCCGGUUCUUGAUAUUGUAUUUUUGUUGGUUCUUGGCCUUUGAUCGGACCUCUGUAGUGGGAUUUGGGAGAUCGGUGUGUAGAUCUACGAGGGCAAAGAUCGGUUCUUGAUUGUGGUCUCUUGAUCUGUGGCCGAGGGGAGAUGGAUCGAGUCGACGAGAACGGUCGAGGCAUGACGAGGCCAGCGAGUUUCCGAGUCACAGAUACGGGCAAUCGAAGAGCUUUAAGAGAUAUAAGGAAUGUGGUGGGAGCGCCACCAUAUGCUUGUCCGAUCGGAAAGAGGGGAUUCCCGGACAAGGGUAGUUUAGACGAUAAGAAACUAACACUUGUAGCUCGACGGCCCGCGACAAGGAAAUUUGUGGCUACAUUGGCAAGCAAAUCACAACCUUAUCAGCAAGGAACUAAUGGACAGCAUCGAGAAGUUGGGAGUCAGAGCCAGUACAAUCCUCCCGUACCAUUGGUGUCAAAAUCGAGUUGUUUGGAUAGUUGUACUACAAUAGACGUGGAUUAUAAUUCUAGUAAUGACAUUGCGUUGCCCAUGGUGGAAGAGAUGGAUAAUUCUGACAUCAAGGAGGUUGCAAUGGACGAUCUUGUCAUUGAGACACUUCCAAGUAUAGAUAUCUGCGAUUCAAAUAAUCCACUUGCGGUCGUCGAAUACGUAGAAGAUAUAUACAGUUUCUAUAGACAAACCGAGGUUACGAGUUGUGUGAGCCCUGAUUACAUGUCCCAGCAGUUUGACAUUAAUGAAAAGAUGCGAGCUAUCCUCAUCGACUGGCUGAUAGAGGUGCAUUACAAAUUUGAAUUGAUGGAGGAGACACUUUUUCUAACUGUGAACAUCAUAGAUAGGUUCCUGGCAAGGCAGACAGUGGCAAGGAAGAAGCUUCAGCUGGCUGGUGUUACAGCCAUGCUUCUUGCUUGCAAGUAUGAGGAAGUCUCGGUUCCAGUGGUGGAGGAUCUAAUUCUCAUCUCGGACCGGGCUUACACAAGGGAAGAAGUCCUUGAAAUGGAAAAGCUGAUCGUCAACACACUGCAAUUCAAUAUGUCUGUCCCUACUCCUUAUGUUUUCAUGAGAAGAUUUCUCAAGGCCGCCGAGGCUGACAGAAAGCUCGAGCUACUUUCGUUUUUCAUCAUAGAGCUUUGUCUGGUCGAGUACAAGAUGCUCAAGUUCCGCCCCUCUUUGCUGGCCGCUGCUGCAAUCUACACUGCACAGUGUUCUCUGAGAGGUCUCAAGUACUGGACGAAAACUAGUGAGCUGCACAGUAACUAUUCAGAGGACCAGCUCCUAGAGUGUUCGAGGUUGAUGGUGGAUUUCCACCACAAGGCUGGGCUAGGAAAGCUGACUGGAGUACAUAGAAAAUACACUACUUUAAAGUAUGGAUGCACGGCAAAAUCAGAACCGGCCCUCUUUUUGUUGAACACUAUUCUCUAGUGUCGAUUGAACAUGAGCAGGUGUUGUGAGUGCAACAGAAGUUGCUGGUCAUGCAAUGGAAGUUGCAUAAGUACAAAAUAAUUGUUCUUGUGUUUAUCCGAUGAUUAAUUUUGUUAUUUUUAACUUCUUGGAAGUCA